AUGGAGGCAUUGAAAAUUUUGCUUAUGUUCAAAGAAUGGGGGCAAGAACUCCAAGAUUCUCCAACUUUGUUCAAUCCCAUCAUAUUUUCUCUUCUUCUCAUCUUCUUCUCCUUUUGUGUGUUUAAGCUCAUUAGAGGUCAAAAGCUCAAUCUUCCUCCAUCUCCUACAAGGUUGCCAAUUAUCGGAAAUCUUCACCAACUAGGCAAAGACCUUCACCGAUCUCUCCGAGAUCUCUCCGAGAAGCAUGGCCCUAUAAUGCUAGUACAUUUUUGCAAUGUGCCUACACUUGUAGUUUCCUCUGAAGAGGUAUCAAGAGAGAUCCUGAACAAUUCUGUUUUCCAAAACCGUCCGCAAUUCAAGGCCGCCAACACUCUCUUCUACGAAUCAACCGAUGUAGCAUUUUGUAAAUACGGCGAGUACUGGAGAGAAACGAAGAAGAUCUGCGUUCUUGAACUCUUUAGCGCGAAAAGAGUGCAGGCUUUUCGGCAUGUGAGGGAAGAAGAAGCUGCAGAGAUGAUAGAGAAUGUUCGCCGGCAUUGUUGCCAAGAUGGUGCCUUUGUUGAUCUAAGCGAGAUGUUUGUCAACAUAGCAAACAACAUAGUUUCAAGAUCUGCGCUUGGUCAGAAGUACGCGAGGGUCGACGGCAGUGAGAGUUUCGGAGAUUUAGCGAGGAAGGCAAUGGAACUCAUUGGAGCAUUUAACUUUGAAGACUUUGUUCCUUACUUGGGAUGGCUUGAUGUUCUUACAGGACUCAAUGCAAGAAUCAAAAGAACAGCCAAAGCAUUUCAUGGUCUGCUCGAUCAAGUAAUUGAAGAACAUCAGCAGAGAAUGGGUGACCAAUCUGAAGAGAAAGAUCUUGUGGACAUUCUUCUCCAUCUUCAGAAAGAUGGCCAGCUUGACAUCAAUCUCACUCGAGAUAACCUUAAAGCAAUUCUACUGGAUAUGUUUAUAGGUGGAACGGAUAACAAUGCAUCAGUCAUGGAAUGGGCAAUGGCAGAGCUUAUGAAGAAUCCAAAUAUGAUGAAGAAAGUCCAAGAAGAGGUGAGAAGAGUUGUGGGGAACAAAUCAAAGAUAGAUGAGGCUGACAUUGAUCAAAUGGGGUUCUUGAAAUGUGUUGUGAAAGAGACAUUAAGAUUACAUACUCCUGUGGUGAUCACUAGGGAGACAAUUGUUGGUACUAAGUUGGAAGGCUAUGACAUUCCUCCCAAGACAAGGGUUCUGAUCAAUAAUUGGGCUAUUCAAAGGGACCCCAAAUUAUGGGAGAGGUCAGAGGAGUUUGUACCGAAGAGAUUCGCGAACAACGCGGUUGAUUUCAAAGGACAGCACAGCCAAUUCACCCCGUUUGGCGCUGGUCGCCGGGGGUGUCCCGGGAUCAUGUUUGCAAUGGCGGAAAUGGAAUAUGUGUUGGCUAAUCUGCUUUGCUGGUUUGACUGGAAGUUGCCUCCUGGCCAAACUGUGGAGGAAUUUGACAUGAGUGAUAGUUUCGGGCUGGUCAUUCGCAGGAAAGUUCCUCUUCGUCUUGUGCCGAUAAUUCAUUCUUUUUCAUCUUGA